CCAAGCCCUCAUAUGCUUUAAGUAUAAAUGGGGUGACUUUCUGCUGGAAACUCAGGGAGUCAUUCAAAACAGACUUUGUAGUCAGUUCAUACAUUACUACUUUCUGAUUAUUACAGAGGAACCAUGUCUCACCACUCCGCUCAUAGCCACUCUGUCUCUGGACACAAGAAAUUCAGUUCAUCAUCUGCUUGCUUACCCUCAGUGAGCAAACACAGUGCUAGUUCUUUCACUUCGAAGAAAGUGUCCAUAGGUCACAAAGUUCUGCCAAGUUUUAGUAGCAAGAGCGUGUAUAGUGUUGUGUCAGGUGGACACAAGAUUUCUGCUGGAGGUUACAGAUCACUUCAUAGAGGACAUGGACAUGGAGGAUCUGAUAUUGGACAUGGAUAUUUUGGAUCCAGCUAUGGAUUUGGAGCACCAUUUUGCCCUGGGGGUAUCACCUCUGUCACAGUGAACCAAAGUCUGCUGUCUCCUCUCAAUUUGGAGAUAGACCCACACAUCCAAAGAGUCAGGACAGAUGAGAAGGACCAAAUCAAAGGUCUCAAUAACAAGUUUGCUUCCUUCAUUGACAAGGUAAGAAUGUUGUUUAUUAGCAGUAAAGUCUCUGUGUGUCUCUUCAUUCCAUUGAAAAGCUGCCAAUUCCAUGAUAUUGUAAUAUGCAGUUGUUCAGAAUCAGCUAGAUAGUUAUAGCUUAAAUGUUAAAGCUUUGGUACCAAUAUGUUAUUAAUAUUGUUGGGAUUAAAGGAACACUCAAAACACCUAAGGCACUUUAAUAUUAAACCGUUUUGUGUGAAGAGUGUGUCCUCUUUUUCCAUUUUACAAAAAGUACAGAUUUAAAUACAAAUUCCCACUUUUAUAAAUUAACCUUGUUACCCCCACCCGUUCUUGGUUGUUUAGCUCAAUGGUACUGAAGUUAGUAGCCAGGCAAUUGUCCAGAGCACCUACUUUACAAAGAUGGCUCAUUGAGCAUUGGGAAGUCUGUGAUAGGACAGCAACUAAAAUCUGGGCUGGGCUUGUAAAGGCUGCAGACAAGAGAUCUACAGCUUUUGAAAGGUGUUUUUUUUUGCUUUUGAAAGUAUAACCCCAAUAAAAAGAUGCAUAAUUAAUUGUAUACAUGUAUUUAUUGGGUCUAUAUUUACUAAAUAAUAUGUAUGUAUUUAUUUAUUUUGUAUGAAGCAGUGAAGGGCCUCUUUAAAGCUUAUAUUGCAAGUGUCCAUGCACUUCUAUGUGCAAGAGGAGAAUAGAUCAACUUACUCUUAAUCUUUGUACACUAGAUAUUUGCCAGACAGUUUUUGGAGGUAUGCAGGCUAUUUGUUGCUACAGUGGAUUCCUGACACACUAGUGAUUUCUACAAACCUCUUCAAAGCUUUAAACUGCCAUUGCUCAGCUCUGUUGCUUGGUGCCAUUCUUGAUGAAUGCUGGUAUUAGCCAUGCCACUAAUAAUUUGCUGCUUUCAAACAGCAGUGACAAUUCUCAAUAUAGGGAGGCAUGGAACACAUGCUAGAGGUGAAUAUACUCUUGCUAGAGCUGAAUUUUCUCUCACCAGUGGCAAGUGGGCAAGUUGAAAUUUGAAGCCUUAGAUGUCACUAUAACAUUUGACAGAUUCGCCAAACUCUGGCCCUCGAGAUGUGGCUGAACUACAACUUCCAUGAUUCUCUGGUCAUCAAUUUCAUCUAAAGAAUCAUGGGAGUUGUAUUCCAGUAACAUCUGGAGGGCCAGAGUUUGGAGAAUCCUGCUAUAUGGUAUAAAACAGGCUUCCCCAAACUCCAGCCCUCGAGAUGCUGCUGAACUACAACUCCCAUGAUUCUCAGUCUAUCUAUUUCAUUCAUAGAAUCAUGGGAGUUGUAGUUUAGCAACAUCUGGAGGGCCAGAGUUUGGGGAAGCCUGAUAUAAAACAACAAAAUAUACACAAGGGAAAUGUACUAUUUUACUACAGAGGCAAGAAACAAACUAUUUCAAACCUGGAUUCAUAUUUAUACCAGCAAUGCAAUUUACUUAUUUCUUAUAGUGUUUUUUCAAAACACUGAUAUAAAAAUAAAAUGGUAUGGAGUGAUAUUAACCCCUUUAAUGCAGAGGUAAAUUGCAAUAAGUAAAGCUAGUAUCAAGGAUACAUCAAAAAGGCAGAAUAGACGAGGAAACAAGCCAAUAAUGUGUAUUACCUGUUGUCUCAGUCAUACUAACUUGCUAUGACUGGAGCCAUAUUUUUUUUACUUUAGAAUUGCAUUGGCAACUGUCAUUGUAGGGAUACAUAUAUUUAAUGUGGGAAUGAUCAGAAUUUAAAAGGUCUGAAACACACAAUCACUUACUUAUUAGUACUGUACUCUUAUGGGCACAGGAGAAACUAACAGGAGAAAGUAAAUAUAUUUUACUAAGAACUUGCAGAGCAAAUUGACCCAAUUGCCCUAAGUUAUUAAAAACUGAGGAGUUUUAUCAAGAUUUGCAGAGGACUUCAGAUUAUUAUUAUUUUUUUAAAUGCAGAGAUGCCCCAAGUGAGGGGCAAUAAUGUGGUUAUAUGAGUAGAAAAAUGUCUUACAGAAAACAUCGUAGAAAAAAGAAUUGGAUGGAAGUGGGCAGAAAGGUGUAGACUCUACCUUUACAGUCUAGAAAUCAGCUCUCAGUACAGGAUCCCCUGACAAACCAGUUCUGUCAUAACCAUAUACAAACAUAAAAUAAAGCUUACAGCAGCAGUGGCCUAGUAUUUAACAGCUCAAAAUACAUAAUAGAAACAAAGAGAAAGUUACCUGUGCCACGUCAAGGCAAGCCUCAAUAGGUGAGUUCCUACACUAGCCAUUAGAUAUGCUGAUAUCAGUCAAGAAUCUCCAAUAAGACAGGAAGGAGUAUUUUAUAAACCCUUUCACAUUUAAUGAUUUAUAGGGCUUCUGCACAUACAAUACACAUUGUUGGUAUCAGCUAAAUGGCAAAUUUCUCUGUUGAGACGGGAAGGGGUGCUGCCCCUACAUACUUAAAAAUGGCUAGUGUAGGACUUACAUUGUGAGGCUUGCAUUGAUGUGGCAGGUGAGCUUAUAUUCAAAUGGCCAUUGGAAUGAAACUAAAGAGCCUCCAUUUUGUUUAAAUGUACGUAGGGAUUUGGGCCAGAGCGCAGGCAACUUUCUCUUUAUUUUUACUCUGUCAUAUUCAUGCUGAUUAGAGCUACAAUGAGAAUAUUAUAUUAAUAUGAGGAAAGAAUGUCAUGAUACUAGAAAUGCGUUUUCCCAGACUCUUCAAAUUUGCACUGAGCUACCACCAAAUCAAGCAGUGACUCAGCUCCAUAAACUUUGUAUAUACUGCUCUUAGCUUGUCCCAUAAGCAUUGCUAACAGCUUAGCUUCAAGGUCUAGACACUCAGUCAUAGUAGUAUACACAAAAACAUCCCACACUCUCGCAUCCAAUCCAAGUGCUCCAGGCCCAGGGUUGGCAAAUCCCAAUUUAGCAUAUAUGAAGAAAGUCAGGUCCAGGCACACAGGAUACUGCAAAAAGCAGAUUUAUUGGAACAAAGGGCAACGCUUUGACCUACACAGAGUCCUUUGUCGAGCUGUCCUGACAACAUGAGCAAAAGUGGGAACACUACAGAUGGAACAGCUCAAGAAUGGUGGGCUUAUAGAAUAAAACAAAUUAUUAUAUAAAAAAAAUAAAAGAAGACCAAUUUGAAAAAAAAUAACUACCCAGCAUAAAUAGAUGUAUCCUAUCCUAACCAAUGUAGCAAACAUGUGAGUGCCUAGAAAUUGCAACUUUAAACAAACUAAGCAAAGUAUAUCUCACAGGAGUGAAAUUCUCCAACUUGUAUCACUUUAAUAUAUUUCUCCUGAAAACAGAGCUGUCACUUUUCAGUACUUCAUAAAGAUAUAAUCGUGAAAGCUGAAUUCAGUGAAAUUCAAAAGCAUUCCAAAGUUAUCAAAAGACAAGGUAGGGACUUCUUGGCCUUAUGGUAAAGCCUGAGGUUGACAAAAGUUGACAAAAGAAAAAGAAGGGCUCAUAUGACAGCUUUUGUUCAAUCCGAUGGCUGUGGGGUUCAGACAUCAAGAGUACAGCACUGACGUGGCUCCUGGCAACUGAAAUGCCAGAAGUUGAAGAGGACCUGGAGCUUUAACAUGUGGGGGCUGUGAGGAAUAAUUGAAGGUCAUUAAAACCCCAUGGCUACCGGACUCACACGGGAUCUGUCCGUUUUGUGGGUCUUUGCAAAAUUUGCAAAAUAAACCAACAAACUGACAGAUCCGCUUUAAGACUUUCAGCAUAUGCUAUCAAAAUGUUUUGUAUUUUGUUAUUAAAGCAUAUCCCUGUGAGACAUAACUCUAAAAAAGAGCCAUAAAAGUUUCUAACUAAAUCAAAUCUAAAGUAAAAUAUGAGAUAUAAUUGUUCCAAGUAUAUAUAAAUUGCCAUUAAAACAACCAGAAAUCUAGAAAUUAAAUUCAACAAAAGUGCAUUCAACAAAAUGUAAGCUAUAAGACAAAUCUGAAUGUAAUGUCAAUUAGUUAUUACAAAUAAUAGCAGAUUCAAGCUUGUGAUGUUCAUUAUAUAAAAAUCCAACAAAUGUUUUAUAUUUCUAACAAAUACAAUUAAAUCGGCAAUGUCACUGUCGGGGGACUUUGCCAGAUUUGCUAAGUCCUCUGAUGGUAACAUCGCUGCUGAUGGUCCAGUGGACACAGGUGGCAGGUAAGGGUGAGAUUACUUACCUUAACUUAUCCCUCAUGGGUGCUGCCAUCUUGUUCGCACUGCCUCUCUGGUGCUGGUGCUUUAGGAGCAUGCAUGAGAGUAAAGGAUUGAGGCCUAUGGGAAAUUCUGCAAGACUUCAUAGGACCAGCCAAUAGCCUGCAGCCAUCCCUACUUUGUCUCUGUAUUUAUCUUAGUUGGGCUGGAAUUUCAGUGAAAUUCCAACCUAACUACAAUGAAUAUUUCAUAAAAAUUCUAUCUUUAUAAAAUACCAAUUUUUAUUAUGGGGUGACAGUGUGUCAAGAAAUACUGGGAUCCUAUACGCAGAGUGUAAUAGAAUAGUAGUGUACUGGACCUUAGAAUGGCUGGGUUGACGUCACAAGGACAGAGAGUAAACAGGGGCAAGACGAGAUCACGGGAGCCAGAAGUCAAGAAAAACGAGGGUACAAAAGCCGAGUAAAUGGAUAACAGAAGGAAGAGCAAGCCAUAGUCAAAACCAAGAAUACAAUACUAGUUUUGUUAUCUUUAAUAACCAGCGUAGUUCACUCAGUAAAUGACACCUUUCAUUCUUCAAUUCUUACAGAUUACAUCAACAUUUUAAAAAAAAAUAGAUGAAUUAAAUAAUUAUCACUAUAAAAAUUGUGGCUUACUACACCCUACCUAACAGCUAAAACAAAUAAAAUUAGAAGAUGGAUGAAAAUCACAGGUUUACCACAUAAAUCUUGCCUAUUGGACCAUUGGUCAUUGAUUCAUGAUUGGUUAGUUCACUGUUCUUAAAAGAUGCCUACAGAAAGUAUCAAGAAAAAUGUCAUGUUAUCUCAGCUUUAAAUAGUUAUUCAGAGGAUAUGUUUCUAGAACUCUUGCACAAUACAAGAUUAGCAUUAAACUGUGAAAAAAAAACCCUUAUCACUGAAAUGUUUAAAUGCAUAUUCAAUUACUGAAAAUAAUAGCGUGUUUAGAAUUCUUUUUAUCUCGGCUUAACACUUUUUACAUAUAUAUUUAUAUGUUUUUCCAUAUUUUAUGUUUCAGGUGAGAUUUUUGGAACAACAGAACAAGAUCCUUGAAACUAAAUGGACUUUGCUGCAAGAGAGAAAACCUAUUAAACACAACAUUGAACCUCUGUUUGAGGCUUAUAUCAGCAACCUCAGGAGACAGCUAGAGUGUCUGGGAAGUGAAAAGGCCAGCCUUGAGUCUGAACGACGAACCAUGGAGGAGGCUGUGGAAGAUUUCAAGAAAAAGUAAGAACCUUUUCUGAUUAACGAUAGAUGGUCGCAAAUAGAUAGAUUGAUCUUUGAUCAAUGGGAGUUUAAGAAAAUAAUGUAAAUAUUUCAUAUCUAAAUCAUCAGAUUUGAAGAGGAGAUCAACAAACGCACUGCUGCAGAGAAUGAAUUUGUUGCACUCAAGAGGGUGAGCGAUUACAGAUGUGACUUUUAUUAUUGAGACAAGUAACAUUUGAUGAUGGUUUGUAACUGUGCAAUCAAAUCUUUCUUGCAGGAUGUGGAUGUUGCUUUCAUCAGUAAAGCAGAACUUCAAGCAAGUGUGGACUCAUUGACUGAUGAGAUCAACUUCCUGAGAGCUCUGUAUGAUGCGGUAAAAAAACACUAUUUCAUUUAUUCGAUGAUGAAAAAAUAUAUAUUUUAGAGGAAACAAACCCAAUUUUAAAUUGUAUGACUUCACAGAAAAUAUAUAUAUUUUUGACUAUUAAAAAGUUGUUAAUUCUGGAAAAAUGUGUAUCCAGAUAGAAGUUAAUUUAGGUAAAAUAAUAGAACACUCAAUUACAACUUGUUUCCUUGUGCAUCUUCCUUCUAGGAGAUAGAACAACUGCAAGCUCAAAUUGCCGAUAUUUCAGUGGUUGUGUCCAUGGAUAAUAGCAGGCAUCUGGACAUGGACUGUAUUAUUGCUGAAGUGAAAUCUCAGUAUGAGGAAAUUGCGAACAGAAGCAGAGCUGAAGCAGAAGCCAUGUACCAAUCAAAGGUAAGUCAAUCUCACUGAACUCUGUGCAAAUCUAAAUUAUAGAAGUGGAAAAAAGUUGGAUAGUCUACGUAGAGAUAAUUUCUGGCUCCAGAAACCAAAAGGUGGUCAUAUGUAUGCACAAGGGGUGUGCCAGGUGUUCCCAAGCAAAUCCUAAUGAGGACCAAUUUGUCCCCUCUGUCCCCAAUUCAGUUCUCUGGUUCUCUUUUGCAUGCAUUUGAGCUAGUUUUCAUGUUUUUAAAGAAAAAGCCAUCAUCAAUUUUUUGGUAUACAGCUGGUUCUUUAUGGACAAAAAAAAAUGUAUUUUUUUAAAUUGUUAUUUUUUAAGUUAGGUUUUGAAUGUCAGGUUUCUCUGGAUGCAAUACCCUAAUGUAAAGUGCUGUGCACAUUUAAGAACAUGAUGGAGGUUUGAAGAAUAGACAUGAAUAAAUGAUCAAUUUGGGUAGCAUUAUUGGCCAACAAUUAUAGAUAAAGAGCUUUCCUCAUCUCUGAGGUCAGGUGUAUGAAUGUCCAGGGACAAUAAAUGUAGAGUUAAACAAGAUCUCUAAAUUGAACUUGACAUAUAAUUAUUAUUAAUCUAUUUUAUUAUUACUUAACUCUGCAGUACGAGGAGCUGCGUCUGACAGCAGGUAAACAUGGUGAUGACCUGCGUAGCACUAAACAUGAGAUCGCUGAACUCACCCGACUUAUCCAGAGACUCAAAGGAGAAAUCGAGAGCAUAAAAGCCCAGGUAAAACACACUAACUACAUUAAGAUUUGAUUCACUAUUUAAUUUUCUCUGCUUAAGUUGGAGAAAAAAAACAUUAUUUUUCUGGAGGACACCACACAAAUAUGUUUGCUUUCACGUUAUGAGCAGAUCAUAUUGGAAUAGGAAUCCAAGAUCAGCGUGCAUGUUCUUAAAGCAGCAAAAAUAUAUACAUUUCUACUGUUGUGUUAGUGUUCGUGCACAGAAUUUAUACUUUUCUCCUAAUUGCACGUAGAAAAAAAUAAUUGGAUGACAGUUGAUUCCCUUGGUUUGGUGGGUGAAACUACUUCUCGUAGCUAAGGCCCUUAGGGGAUGCUAAGGAUAAAGGGGCACAUGGCUCACAAACAUCUAAUGUCGUAAUAAAGUCAUGUUAGCUAUACAACAAAGUUUUAUUUGGAUGUUUUAUCAGGUGUACCAGAAAUUUAACAUUUUUAAUAAUGAUACAAAAGAAGAUAUUUUGAAAUAGUUGUAUGGAAAUAUAAGGUAGGGCGUGGGAGAGCUGGAGCUAGGGUAUUUAAUUUUAUUAGUCACUAUUUUACAUUGAUGUAUUUUACUGCUUGUACAGGUGUUCAUACAUACCUGUACAUAAUUUCUCUAAUUAUUAAUCAUCUGUCAGCAGAGCUAGCGAAUAGGAACAAAGUACAGAAUAUUGUACUGAAAUGCGUGAGAUUAAGGAUGGGUGGUUUUAUAGCUUGCAAUGAACUAUUUUAUAAAACUUUGAAAUACUACAAACAGGUGACUCAACAUUUAACACACAACUGACAACUCUAAAUAAUUUCAGGUUUUCUGUAUUUUUUUAUUUAUUUUUUUAAAUAAUUUAUGAUGAAAAAAAAAAAUCCUGAAUUAAAUAUACUUUAUGGAUUAUUCAUUUAACAACGAAUGAAUGAAUGAAAAUUAGAAAUAGUAUAUUUAAGCCGAAAAUGUAAUAUUGAGAAAAAUGUUUUUGUAAUGUCAUUCAUUUAUUUUGGAGCAAAAUUUUAUGUUUGGUUUCAAAUCUCCAACAAUGCAUGUUUUAUAUAAUACGUCCAACAAGCCAAAUGAGAAGAGCCAAGAGCCAUGGAAAAAUGAGCACAUAGAGAGAGAAUGUUUACAGUUCAGGCAGUGUAGGAACAACAAACUCACAUCUCAUUAUCAACCUGAUUUUUAACACUGAUAAAUUGAUCAUCUUUGUUAAAUGUUCCUCAUCUGUUUGAUCUGCACAAAAAGAUAUAUAAGAAGAACAUUUAAAUUCAAAUAUAACUUCUUUAUUAUCAACGUUUCAGUUAGACUGAGCUAACCUUCUCCAGGACAGAUAUAUAUAUAUAUAUAUAUAUAUAUAUAUAUAUAUAUAUACACUUUUCUCUCCAGCCUGAUUAUCCAUUUUUCUGUCUGUCUGUCUGUCUGUCUGUCUGAGUCCUGUACAAUCUGUCUAUUUUCCUUUACAUCUGUCUGACUGCCAGUCAGUCAGUCUAUUUGUCUAUCAAUGUUUCUGUUUUAAUCAUCCGUCUGUCUGUAUUACACAGGAAGUUUUCAUUGUGAUACAGUGUAUGUAAUGUAUACAUAUAUAAUACUCUUACACACAUGCAUGCAAUGUGAUAUAUAAGUAGCCAUAGGUACAAAAUAAUCACCAUGAAUCAAAGACCUGUAUGUUGUGCCUUAUACAAAAGUAUCUAUUUAUGUGAUCAACCUGCAGCAACUUGCCAAUUAAAUAGUGUAUUAUGCAUAUGCAGUUCCAGAUAUUUUCAUUAAUUAUUUUGAAACUAUUAUCUUUCAUGUGUUUACUAUCAGAAUCCCUUGUUAACACCUAUUUUAUGUAUUUUAUUUUUUUAGCAUAUAACAGUGGUAUCCUUGAAAUUCACUGAUUUUUAUUUAGCAUUAAAGCCAGCAAAUAAAAACAUAUUAAGCAUAUUUGUAAAAAAAACAAAACACAAAAACAAACAAAACAAACAGGCAGGCUUUAUCAAAUGUCAGCAAUUGUGUUGUACAGGUAUUAUAUUUUUUCUAAUUAUAUUUCAGCCUGUAGGGGGAGCUCUGUAUUUAUUUGUGUUUUUUUUUUACAUAAUUCUUUGUCGCAUUUAUUCCACUCUCGUUCAAAAAACAUCUGCAUAAUCCCCAUAAAAAAGUUUUAAAAUAAUCUAUUGUUAAUAUUUUCUAGACGUAGGUAGAAUUGCUCUCUAGUGAUUUCAUAUUUUUAAAUAAACCAGUCAUGUUUGUAAUGAUAAACAAAGCAGACGACUGAAAACAUAGUUGUACAUGCAAAUACAAACUAUUAACACUUCACGAUAAAGUAACAUAAGUGCAUUUAAAAAAUGAAAGCUAUAUAAAAAAGAUGGACACCUUAGUUAAUAAUCCAAAUGUCUUUAUUCUACAAACAAAGUAAAUCAAACAAAAAUACAAAACAAACACUGUUACAAAACGAUAACAACCAGUGAUAGAGGCUAUAAAACAUGCUCUAAAUCAAACAGGCAUACAAGUUCACUUGUAUAUUACUUCAAAGAGUUGGACACGUGUAUAGAACAAAGCCACAACAUUUUGUCACAGCUACUCGUGCCUUUCUCAAGGGAUCACCACUCGUUUAAAUAACGAAAAAACCUCUGUUUGAUCUAUAUGGAAACAAAUAUAUGCCUACCUGUCUGGCCUGUCUAUCAGUCCUUCAGUCUGUCUGCCUGAGCCUUGUCAGAUCUGUCUUUUUUUAUUUCCAUAUGUGUGUCUUUGAGUCUGUCAGUCUUAUCAAUCUGUUGCAAAGCAGUCCCAGGAUGCAACUGAUAUGCUUAACAGUAGUAUGGGAUAUUUGUUCAUCUAUGGUGAUACAGGGAGAUGGGGGAUUGCAAAACAAAUAUAUUGGAGAAAAUGUAUCAACAUGUUCUGUUCUAAAAAGUGAUCUUAAGUACUGAAAGUAGGGCAAUUACCAUGGAAACUAGAGUAACCAAUAGAUGCAUUCCAUUGACAAUGUUUUACACAUUUGCCCCACUUUGUAGAACAGAACACUUUGAUAAACUUCUUACUUACUUUUUUUCAAUACUGCUUAUUACAUCUAGAAUCAGAGAACAUUGCGCCAGAAAAUAUAUUUUGGAAGUAUAAUUGAUUUCCUUUAUAUCUGCAUAUUUGACACAAAACACACAUUUUCAUUGCAUUAAAUAUAAUUGGAUUGGAUUCAAUUCGUUAUUUCACUCACUUUAGGUUAACUAAAUAUCUUUAAUUUCUUUAUUUAUUUCAUUAAAGAAAAGUCAUUAUUACAUUUUCUUUUGACUUCUUAGCGUUGUAAACUGGAAGCUGCUAUAACUGAGGCAGAAGAACGCGGAGAAGCCGCUGUCAAAGAUGCCAGGAACAAACUUGCUGAGUUGGAGGCUGCUUUACAGAAGGCCAAGCAGGACAUGGCUCGCCAACUGCGAGAAUACCAGGAGCUGAUGAAUGUGAAACUAGCACUGGAUAUUGAGAUCGCCACCUACAGGAAGAUGCUGGAAGGAGAGGAGGGCAGGUUAGUAUAAAGAGCUACUUUUUUUAGCCUAUUUAUUGUUAAGCGUGCCUUCUCUUAAAGCAAAAACUCACUAGAAACUGAGCAUUGCAAGGUAACAGAAAGUAAUUAGCAACAUCUAUUUUAAAUAUAGGAUGAAUAUCUACCAAACGUAAUAAUACAAAAUAUUAUGAUUUUUUUAAAGGUAUAAAUAAUAAACUGAUAUACACUCUCAUUUAUAUGCAUGUACUUGGGUUAUAUGUUAUAAUUAUAUAAAUUAACUGUUGACAUUUGUCAAAGUAAGGUCCAGGUUCCAAUCAAGAACAGGUACUACAGUUGGUGCAUUAGCCAGCAGAGUAAUUUUAUCUGUAAACUGCUAUUCAAGGACACAACAAAUAUCAAAAUCAGGUAUAUAUUUAUUUGGUAAUCAAGACCACACAAAGUGGAGGCAUUUCAAUUAUAAGGAUUUCAUUGUGUGAUUUUCCUCUGAAACGUUACAAAUAAUUAACACAGGAUGAAAAACCCAGUUGUAGAACAUUUUGUGGUUAUCACUGAGUAAAAUAAUGUAACUCUUAUGCACCUUGCAUGUUUGCUCAUUACCUGUGUUUGAGAAUGUAGAUUCCCAAAAAACUAGUCAUCAUUCUAUAAUCUAUAAUUCGUGAAACAAUACACAAAAAGAAACAAGACCGCAGGAAAAAAACAGUAUAGGAAACUGCAAAAACCAAACUUAUGGGGAUUUAUGUAAUUUAAUAAAACCAUGUAUAUACAUCAUAUGUUGAGAUAGUAUUAUAUAAAAUUAUGGAACAAUGCCCUUUAUUUUUGUUUCUAGAAUUGGUCAAGAUGGACACGACUCUGUUAGCAUAUGUAAGUACAUGACAUGCUUUUUUCUAAUAACUGUUUUAAAAAUAAAACUGCUAAGAAAGUAAAAUUACAUUUUUCAUAAUGUUAUUAAAUUAUUAUUUAAUAAUAAAUCAUAAUUUAGGGCUAUUUUAGUUUUUCAACAUAUUAUGCAACUGCUUGGAGGAUAAGUGAUAUCUCUCACCAAAGAGUAUUUAAAGAUGGCUGACCACAUGGAGCCAUUAAAGUCAGGAGGACUAAAAAGGGUUAUUAAGUUUUAUUUAAAAAAAAAAAAAAAAAUGGUAUGCCCCCUAAUUUAAAUUUGUAGGGUUUUCCCCUUAUCAGCAAAUAUACAUACAAUAUUGAGAUUCAGCUAUGCAUCUAUGAAGGGAUAAACAAACAGCAGAUUGUGAAGUACUUCAAAAUGCAAUAACAUCUACCCUCUAGAAAUACACUCAAAGAAAGAUAUGAAGUUUUGCACCUUCGGAUGCCUCACCCAUUUAAGUUUGGGGUCUAGUGUUGACAGAUUAAAUUGAAAAAUUAGAUUAAGUUGAAGAAAAAACCUAUUUUCAGUACUUUAAAGUGACUUAGUGUGUGCAAAUCAGCAAUUAAAUAAAUAAAUAAGUUAAAAUUGGUCCAACGCGUUUCUUCCACCUCAGUGGACUUCUUUAGAGACACAAUAAAAAAUGAAGUAAAAAUACAAAUAAAUACAAUCACCUUUUUGUGAUUGUAAACUUCAGCAAGCACUGAGCCUAAUCUUUCAGGGUUAGAAAGUACAGAUGAAUAUAUUUUAGCAUGUAUUUAAUUGUGUUUGUCUUUUCUUGAAUUCCAGCUGUGAUCAGCAAUACUACAGGAUCAGCACACGGUGGAAGUGGCCAUCACCACAAAGGUGGCUUCAGCUCUUCUAGCUAUGCCAAAGGAAAACAUGGUCAUCACUGUUAAAUAGUUGCAGCUCUGAUGUCAUCAGCCCUACAUCCAGUGUUCACUAUUUUAUUUUUUUUUGCCAAAAUAUAGAUUAAAUCAUUUGCAUUUUGCAAGCAUCUCUUAGGUGCUAUCUUAUAAUUGCUUUGUCUCUGUAUGCUCAGUCUUGUGGAAUGGACAUAUGUUUCAGACUCAUCGAUAUUGGAACAUUUUGAACCUUGUUUCAAACACCUUAAAUCUAUACUUCUCUCUAUAAAUUGUUGAUUCUAUAUUUUUCCAUCAUACUCAUCAAAUGUUACUUUGAAUGAAAGAAAAGAAAAACAUUCAAGAAUUAUCUACUAUAGUAUCAUUAAUGAAUAGUAAUUUAGCUAAGCUAAAACCUCAUACAUGUUCUCUCUGAUAUUUAUGAUUAAAAAAGUGAAAUAUGUGUCCUCCCCCCAAAAAAUUGAAUGUCACAUUUAUUUCUGCUUAAUUUGUUGUUUUCUGCAUUGCUGUAUUUCAAAAUUAAACUGCAUUUCAAAUGAUAAUGUUUAAUGCUUCUUUAUUUUAUCUAUUUAUU